CUCGCCAGACAGGACGCACAACGGCGCCGCGCUUCCUUCCCUCCAUGACGUCGACACUGCCACCGCCGCCGCCACUGCGGACUUCGUCAACCGCCACGGUGACUCUGGACGCAGUGGUCCACGACCCCCACAUGCAUGCCGUGUUCCUCAAAUACCUCUCCGAGCACGAUUCGAAGAACUUUGCUCGUCUCCUCUUCUUGGUCAGCGUGGAUGAGUUCAAGAAGCUCGUGCCGACGGACGACAGCAGCCACAGCCCCACCGCCCAGCGCGUGAACUAUGCCAAGAAGAUCAUCCACAAGUACAUGGCGGCAGACUCGUUCUUCUACAUCGGACAUGAAGAACGACAUCUCCUGCAAGGUGGAAACCUGUCUGUCGCAUCCUUCGGCGAAUCUCUCCAUCACGACCUGCACCUCUGCGGCGGCCUCAGCGCGAACCGCGACCUCUUCGUCGACGUCGAGACAGCCAUCUUGGCCGCGAUGGCUCCCAGCUUUUGCGCGUUUUCCACCACAUCGGCAUUCCAGUCACUCGUGAACAUGGAGAUCAUGGUGCCACCGAUCGAAGAAGUCGAGUUGCAGCAUGCCACCAGCAGCUUCACCCUCGAACGGGUACUAGCCAACCGGCGACUGUGCUGUGUAUUUUGGCUAUUUCUGUUCAAAGAACGCACGCACGGCCCGUUGAGUUUCUGGAUGGAGUCGACGUAUCGCAUCUUGCCUUUGCUGGAGUCUCGUCCGAAUCCGGAUCUUGCCGCUUCAUGUAUAUCGUCCCCGACACUUCAACCCGCCUCUUGUUUAUCGUCCCUGACACAUCUCGGCCGGCUGCUCCAGACCAAAUACUUUAACCACGGCGCCACCGCCCAACUCCACGUCCAUGGCGAGGCCCCGACGCAACUGGUCGAAGCGAUUCAAGCGCAUUUGGCUGAGUGGAGCAGUGGAAACUUUAUACAUGUGCUUUCGAUGGCCAAGCUGCUGCGACAGUUGCUCCGCCACGUCAAGGAUACGCUGCAUAUGAACCACUUUGUACGGUUCAUUCAAAGCCCGAGCUUCCAUUCGAUGCUCCUGUCUCCGUCUCGUAGUCGAUUGUGCCUCAGUCCCCACAAAACUCGACCAAAUCCCCCCCAUGGCAACCCCACCAGUGCAUCUGUCUUGCUCCAGGACCAACGACUAGCGUCACCAUCCAGCAGCAGCGACAGCAGCAACAGCAGCAGCAACGACUCCAACUCGACCCUUCAGGACGUCGUCCACGUCAUGAACGUCCACUCAUCGCACCAAUCGCCGCUGUCGCUAUCUCCCUCUCAUCCAUCCGCCGAAUGCAUCGCGGGGGUACUUCACUUCGCCUUGCAGGCGUCCUCUACGAUGUUCGAUACAGACGUCCUGUACGACUCGACGACGUCCCUGGACCAAUCAUCUCAGUUGCCAGAGCAUUUGGACGCGUUCUUUUGCCCUGGAGGGACGCCGUCGGUGGUCCGCAGUCAGACGCACCCGCCGCCGUCGCUCUGCCACGUCACGAUCGGCCCAACAGAUCGUCCGCUGUACAUGGUGUGCCUUUCGAGAUACAUUCCCAUCACGGAUGCCGCGGAGCUGAAUCCGCUCGAGCUCGUGCUUCUCGAACAGAAAAACCUACGGCGGUUUGUCCUCGCUGGUAUUUGCGUGCUGAGCCGCGUCCCGAACUUUGAAACGGUGCGGCGGCGACUGCGACAGCUACAUGCGGACGCCACGGCCGAUCCCGACUCGACGUAUGCCACCAGCACGCAGUGGCGUCCGACGUUGGCGCAGCUCUCUGCGCUCACGGCUGAGUCGUCAGUCGUGACGGAAUUGUCAACGCACACCUUGUUCACGUGCUUGUCGCCAAAGCAUGUGCUGCAAGUGCUGGCGGCAGUGCUCUGCGAACGCAAGGUGCUGCUCAUCUCGAGUCAUGUGUCCGUGCUCACGACAGUUGGGGAGACGCUACGGCUGCUUCUGCGCCCGUUGCAGUGGCCACAUGUGUUCGCGCCCGUCUUGCCGGCCUGCCUUGUAGACUGUCUGCACUGCCCGACCCCGUUUGUGUUUGGCGUCCACCGCACAUUAGCCUCGACAGCGCUGAAUGUCGUUCAGGACUCGGACUCGACGGUCAUGGUUGUGGACUUGGACGCCGACGGCAUCGAGUGCCACGUCAAGCCGCCCCCUCGGCGACGCAGCCACGCAAAAGAUCCGCGACGAUAUCCGGAUACCCACCCGGAUAACAGUCGACAUCCGGAUGAUACUCCGGAUGUGCUUCCGCAAGCGGUUGCAUUAGAAGCGGCGCUGCGAGUGCUCGUCCGUCCAGAGGUCGAGUGCAGUGACGACGUGUCGUGGACGGCGGCGCCCGCGGCAUUCCCAGACGCGGACAUCCUCGCACUGUUUCACCAGACGUGGGAAAGGAUGCUGGACAGCAUGGAGGAGUUCAGCUUUGUCCUGGCCGACGACGGCGACAGCAUGGUCGUGUUCGACUCGAUCGGGUUCCUCCAACAGCAUCGACAAGGAGAUGGCGCGACCCUCGCGUUUUACCAAGCGUUCUUGAAGACGCAGUUGUUUUCCCACUACAUUGCGACCCACGGCCUCUUGGGUGGACUAGGAGAACGAUAUCGCUAAGCGGGAUAAGCACAGUGUCGCGUUUUGUGUGCUCAAUGGAAUGAGCAGAAAAUCGACCGACCAAUCAAAACCACGAAAUCUAAUCAAGGAGCCAAUCAAUUCCACUCUUUGACGCAGACAACAUCGAAUUAGUGUGUGGAUGUAAUUAGUGUGACAUUGGACCAUUUUUACAUACA